AUACCGAACAUGACAAUUUCCUUGCCGACCUCAUCUCGGAUUCUCAUUCUACUCGACGUGGCUCAACAUUUGUCACAGCUUUCCUUUUCACCCAUUACAAAAUGACCAUUCCAUGCUUUCUUCUUCUCUCUCUCUCUCUCUAUAUAUAUAUAACCAGCUCAUCUCUGCUGUCUCUCGGGGCUUCCACUUUCUCUUUCCCAUUCCCAUCCCCAUCCCCAUUAUGACUACUCCACCAGUUUUCUCAGCGAAAUGGCUAAUGAAAUCUUCUGGAAAACUCAUCACAGUCAUCGUUUUCCUCAUCCUUGAUUUUCUUGACAAUUUUUUUUGCAUAAUAUUUAGGAUUCUUGAUGAGUGCUUUGAAGGGAAGGCCUCUCCAUGUUACUGUGAAAAGAAAGGAGAACUGGUUGGUGAUGUGUCAGAAACUUUGUAUGGGAGGAAAAACGUUUUCAGGGAAAUGGGGUUUCUUGGGUUCGCAAGAAUAUGGGAGAAUUCCAAGAAAAGAGGAGGUGUUGUUGGUGGAGAAGUGGUGGUCAAUAGGUGGUCUGAUUGUGGGUGUGAAUCCUGUGUUUCUUGGAUGAAGAAUGGUGAUCAUCAAAAGCUUCAUGUUGUUGUGAGGGAGCCUUCAAAAGCUUUAUGUUUGACAGCGAGCAUUGACGAUUGCAGGGUAAAGCCAACUGAGAAUGUGAUAUUCUUGCAUGGAUUCCUUUGCUCCUCCUCAUUUUGGACAGAAACAGUGUUUCCAUAUAUUUCUGAACCCAAAAACCGCAAUUAUAGGCUGUUUGCUGUUGACCUUCUGGGAUUUGGAAGAAGCCCAAAGCCAAGGGAUUGUUCAUACACUUUGAAAGAUCAUAUCGAAAUGAUUGAAAAAUCUGUGAUCUAUCCAUUUGCAUUGGAUUCAUUUCAUUUAGUUGGCCACUCCAUGGGAUGUAUAAUUGCGCUAGCCUUAGCUGCAAAGCACUCAAACUCAGUAAAAUCGAUCACCCUUGUAGCACCUCCUUUCUUUCCUACUAAAGAUGGAGGAAGUUCAAUUGCGCUUAAUAAACUUGCCGAAAAGAGUUUGUGGCCGCCAUUGUUGUUUGGUUCAUCGGUUAUGACAUGGUAUGAGCACUUGGGUCGAUGUGUUUGUUUUCUGAUUUGCCGAAACCACAGGACAUGGGAGAAAAUGUUGAAGCUAAUUACUGGGAAAAGGGAUCUCCAUUUCUCUGCGAUGGAUUUGACCAGACACACCCAUCAUUCAGGUUGGCAUACCAUGCAUAAUGUGAUAUGUGGUGGAGCAACAGUCUUGGAUAGCUACCUCACAGUUUUGGUCAAGGCCGGCACGAAAAUUUGUAUUAUUCAUGGUGAUAGGGACCAGGUUGUCCCAAUAGAAUGCACCAACAACAUCAAGAUGAAAGCUCCUCAUUCAGAGGUUAAUAUCCUUAAAAAUGCUGACCAUAGCUCUGUAAUCUUUGGUAGAGAGAAGGAAUUUGCUCGAUAUCUAGAGCAUAUAUGGUAAUAUAUGAAAGCUUUUAGUCCCUCUUAUGCAAUCUUUAUUUUCCGAAGGAUUUUUUGUUAGUAGGAGUUGAAAUUAGGGAAAAUAAAUUUAUGUUUUCUGAUUGGAGAAUGUACUUGUAACAAAUAAUAUCACAUUUUAAUUUAAAAUAACACAUGUAGUAUUUGUUA